UUCACCAACGCACACACACAGAAAUCGACGUCAAGGGGAAAAAAACAUUAACAUUGGAUGACAGUUUCAGCUCUUCAUUAUUAGCUGAUUUUGACCCCUUUUCCCGGUGGUUUGUAUCAUGCCAUCGAGUAUACGUUACCAGCCAGUGCCAUUAUCAGAGGAGGAUAGUGAAAGUAUGUCUGGAGCCACUCCCAACCCCAGGCAGGAGGAGGCAGCUGGACUAAGUGCUGCUCCACCGCCGUACAGUGUGGAAGACUCGAACGAUGGGGCCACAUCUUCGACCCCCCCAGAAAUAACGCCCCCAAAGCCAGAUAUGUAUGCUCCCCCCCCUUAUGAGGAGUGUGAUGGCGACGAAGACUUCACCAGCUCCAUGACAGCUCCUUUGACCAGCGAGUCAAGUGAAGUGCAGCCACCCAGUUAUGAGGAGGUCCAGCGACUCAAGGCCAUGGAAGCAGCUGAGGAUUUCCCCCCACCUCAUUGUCAGGGAGGAGCGGCCUUGGGUGGGCCAGGGGGCGGCAGCAGUGGCAGUGGCAUGCGGGUAUUCCGCAUCUCCUCCCUUGGGGGACUGGAUCCAGAGACAGCAGAGAUUGCUGAGGAGCAGCUUCUUGGGACAGAUUUCAUGUUCUUUGUAGCCUUUGCAGCUGCUUUUGUGUUCAACUGGGUGGGCUUUGUACUUCUCUUGUGUUUCUGUCAUACUGUUGCUGGUCGCACCGGGGCACUAGCUGGCUUUGGGCUGUCCCUGGCCAAGUGGGCAGUGAUUGUACGACAUUCGACAGACCUGGUAGCAGACUCCAACACCUGGCUCCUGUGGCUGAUCAUGGCCCUGGGAAUGCUGAUCUGUAUGCGUGCCAUACUGCAGUACAUCCACGCCAAGCGGGAGUGGCACCAGGUUCCCCACAACUCUCGUCAUCGUUUCUUCCUCUUCUACUGAAACAAAAUGUAGCAAUGAAUGGCCGAUAUCACCUCUUUCUUUGAGUAGUCCGGCACUUCCCUUCAGAUUUUGUAUGGUGGCAAGAAAUUAUUGGUAGUAAUGCUGCUGCACCAUGGAUUUUCUUUCUGUCUCUCCCCUAAAUUCAUGAGGCCUCUUGCUCUGCAUAAAAGAGGUGAUAUUGGUGUCUGUUGCCAUGACAUCUGCAAGGUGAAACAAGGAAGUGAAACUGGUUGAGCUUUAUUUAGUAGAUUACAAGUAAGAUGAUCAGUGGGUUGCCGAGUGUCGCUGUGGGACAUUUUAGCAGUACUUGUCAUUAUUUUUUUAUUCAGCACGAGAUAAUUGCGUUUCAGACUUGUCCACAGUGGGAUUUGUACUUGGUUUAUUUCAUUGUUGCAAAAUAUAUUUUAUUAGACUAGACAUUGAAGAUCUUUAUAAUUUUGGUAAAGUCUUUCAGUUAGGCAGAUAUGAAUUAUUUUAAUAUAUAUAUAUAUAUGGUAUUGAUAAUUAAGCUAUAUGAAGUGGAUCCAGUAUUUCCCAAUAUUAACAGUUUCAGUAGGUAACAGGUAUUGGCUUCCUAAAAUUAAAAGCUAAGAAUUAAAGACUAUACAUUAUAUAUUUAUUCAUAUAUUCAUAUAUAUUCAUAUAUAUCUACCUAUCAGUUUAGAUACUCUCCAACCUAUGACAUGGUCUGCAAUCACUUUGUAGCCAGUUGAUUCUUAGUGCAAUGCAUUCUGUGCCUCUACUGUUACUGUUUUUAAUGAGUCAGUAACCAACUAGGUACAUAUUAAAGGAUCCUACAUAAUGUCAAUAAGGAAAACAGGUGUGUAUUAUAAGUCAUCUUGUUAAUAUUACGACAUGUGAGUACAACAAAUCUUUGUGUCAUAGGAAGAGGAAAAAGCUGCUGACAGAAGAAAAUGUCAUGCAUUAAAGUGCAACAGCAUUAAAAGAUUUAAAAAGAAAAAAAAAAGAUGGAAAUGAUAAAAAAUGAAGAAAAAGAAAGACCUUAAUAGUAGUGUAUAGUUUUAUCUCUAGAAUCUGGUGCAGUUUAGUCUUUUAUGAGCCAAUGCAUCAAGACAGGAUGGUAAAGAAGAAAAAAGAAUAUUUUCAAUUUACUUUUGAGCCUGCAUUUCAAACUGAGAAGCUACAGAUUUCUGCAUUCAGUUUGUAUGAUUUUUCAUGAACCUUGGUUUUAUCAUAUAAAGUAGAAGAAAGAUUUUUCUAUAUUAUGAAACUGACUUUUAAAUUUGUUGUAUUAUUGUAUAUCUUGUCAUUAGUGGUUAAUACUGUUUUCCAAUUAGCAAAUACCACUCAAAUAUAAUUAAUUUGAUUAUUAUUCCAUUUCAGUGUGUUCAUUGCUUUAUUAUUACUUUUAUCAUGUCAUCUCUUGGCAUUUCAUUUGUAAAAUGCUGUGAGCCGAAUCACGAGUAUUUAUGCACAGCCUUCUUUAUGGUAUAUCUUGUGAACAUCACUUUGAAUUUCAGCAUCACUUUUUCUUCAGUAUUUGUUAUGCUUUAAAAUUUUAUCUUUUUAAGAUCAAAGUUCAUUGGAAUGCUAAACUAACCUUUAGCAUGUUUGGUAGUAUGGUAGUUUUAUGAGACAUUAUACAGUUUAUUGAAAAGGUUACCCCCUUAGUGCAUGAACAUAAUCUUGGCAAAUAUAUGUGAACUAGAAAAUAUACCAGUCCACAGAGUUUUUAUUUUAUUUUUCACUAUUAAAAAAUCUUAAUUAAACUUUCCAACUCCAAAUACAUGAUAACCUUUCUCUUCCCUAUUUUCAAAGACAAAUUAUAGUGAAUUGACAAAGAAAGAGUAUUGUACUAGCAUCUUGACAGAGGCAGCAGUUAUUGUUUUGGGUGGUGCUCUUUGUGUGUGAAAUGUAGAGGACAUUCUCUCUUGCACAUUUACAGCUGACAUUGUACUGCUUGUUGUCUAGUUAGAGGUCAACGUGAAGCUUCUAUGGCCCACUAAUAUGGUCUAUGUUACAUGCAAGGUUGUAACGAAAUUUCCUUUAAUUAAUUUGUUUUUCAUCAUUCAAAAUUUGAUCUUUUUGAUCAUAGAAUGUUCCCUCUUGCCUUUUGGGUUGGAGGAUAAAACGUUCCUCAAGUGGACACUUGCUUGUAAAUAUUAGCAUGCCGCCCAGCCAUCCACUUUCACUGGAUGAAGGAUAUAUAUGUAUAUGUAUUUAUGUGUGUAUAAAUAUAUAUAUAUAUGUUCACAUGAAUAAUAAAUAUCACACAUAUCUCACCAUUUCAUAUAUAAAGUAGAGGCAUCUAGUCAGCCGGUAUUGUAUGAUUAUAUAAUUGCUAGUAAUCAGGAAAAGUGAUGUGGUUUUUACAGAUUUACUUUUGUUAUUAAACAUAAGCUUGUUCCUCCAUUCCAUUGGUUAAGAUUGUCAUGAAUGGUAGAUGUAGCAGUAAGGAUUGUUGGAUACAGUCAUUAACAGAAAUAGAAAGAGAAAACAUUAUUUAAUUGAUAAGGAACCAUACAUACUGAAUAGGAAAAAAGGCACCAAUUCUUUUCCCUUCCUUUUUUUCUGUGUGACUGAAACCUGUGUAAGAAUGAGAGCUAUAGAACAACAAAAAUGCUGAAUUUAUUUAUGUAUAAAACUGCUUUUCUCCCUGUUCACAUAGAUGUAAAUGAUGUCUCAUUGGAAGUUAUUGGAGCAGAUUUUUUUAGUCGUAUGAAUGGUUUUAUUUUAACUUAGUGGCACUGGUGUUGAUUAUACUGCAUUGACAAUUAAGAUAUGUAAAAUUGAAACAAUAUAUAUAGUAUUAACCUGAUUGAAUGCAUAUAAUUUUUCACGAAACACUUUUUGGUGACAAGGGGAUUUGGGUUUAUCAUAGAUGUUUUUAGUUGUGCAGUGCAUGUAAUCAAUGUUAAAAAGAGUUUAUGACAGGGAAUCAAUGUUUCUUUUAAAUGUGAUGAUGCGUAUAUGUACGCAAAUAAAAACAAAAGUUUCACCAAAGAA